CAGGGCGUGGAUGAGAGUGUUGACAACUCAUAAGGAAAUCCCCUCAUGACUGUUUACGAGGUCCACACAUAAUCGCCUCUAGCUGCUGCUAAGCUCACAUAGAGACUGGUCAGACUAUCAUCAUUAUUGCCAAAAGGGCACUCUCGAGCCCCAUAAGUCCGAUCUCACCAGCUAUUCUUAAAUCACAGCUCUCAUUGUCGAUCAUUUCAAAACGCGUCAGAUAUUAUAUUCGGCGCAGCUUGGGUUGGUGGAUUCGGUGCCCUUUUAGUCCUCUUAUUUCAGUGCUGGACACUGUUGGCCUUGCACGUAUAGACGUGCGCCCUCAUAUUCUGUCCCUAUGAUCCCCGGUUCACCCCGACCCAAACCUCUUGGAUCAUAUGGCGCGCCAAUAGGUCUAGGUCAUCCACCUAUCCAUCGGGGAGGAGGAAGGAGAUCAGGUCUGAAGAGUCGUGCGACUCAAUUGUUAGCUUUGAGAUUCGGCUGGGUGGUAUUGGUCGUGUGGUUCGAGAUUGGCGAAUUCUUCCAUUCCCUAUCGACGUGCAAAUUCCCCGACUCCCAACUAAGUCCCUCUCGUCGAUCGCGGUCGAGCAACGCUCUGAACCCUCUUCCUACCCAUAUCGUCCUCCUCGCCGAUCCUCAUGUCCCACAUCCUCGAUUGUCUUAUCAUCCCGACAGCAGAAGAUGGGUGAACAGAUUUCGGCAGGCUCUGGAUGAGCUGUUCAUGAGGAAGAGCUGGAACGUCGUGAUGCGUCUGGGCAGGGUAGACGGAGUUAUCGUCCUGGGUGAUAUGUUGGAUUGGGGCAGAGGGAACAUGUCGGAUCAGGAAUACGAGGAAUACGUCAAGCUGUACAGAUCCAUUUUCACGCUCCCUCCCGAUACACCAAUGUACUUCAUUCCAGGGAAUCACGAUAUUCCACUCGGUCCAGGGAACAAGCUAUUCUCCACCUCUGCCCGCGAACGAUAUGCCAAAUACUUUUCGCCCCCCAAUUCCAUCCUGGAAGUGGCCAAUCACACGUUGAUCCUCCUCGACGCUGUAGGCUUGGUAGAGGAGGAUUAUAGACGGUAUGCUGCGGAAAUGCAGUUUGGCGAAUGGGAUGGCGUCGAAGGCGGAGUCAUCGAGUUUGUCAAAACGUUAGGCGAGACGCCCCCCAUUGGACCCAAGAUACUCUUGUCUCAUAUUCCCCUCGCCCGACCGGAGAAAGCCAGCUGUGGACCUUUGAGAGAACACGGACGCAUAGCCAAAGGAGCUGGACCUGGGUACCAGAACUUGCUAGGUAGGGAAACAUCUCAAUUCUUGCUAGAGGAACUGCAGCCGAGUCUGGUAUUGAGUGGUGACGACCAUGAUUACUGCGACUUUACCCACCAGCCUUUUGGUAUCCGAGAAGUGACUGUUAAAUCUUUCUCCUCUACCUCUGGAAUCCGCCGUCCGGGGUUUCAGGUCCUGUCCCUGAUCCCGCCUUCUCCCUCCAGCCCAUAUACCGAGCAAGUAACCAUUGCCGAUCGGCCAUGUUUCCUCCCGGAUCAAGGUGGUGUUUAUGGCCGCGUCUACCUUCCCCUCGCCAUUUUGACGGUUUGUUAUCUGAUAGGAUCGAAUUUUUGGGCAGCUUGGGAGAGGUGGAAUGCCAGCGGACACACCGUCUAUGGUGACCUCAAGGCCAGAUUGAGCCCGGCCUUGAUGAGUUCAGAUCAACUCCAAUCUCAACAAUUAUCUCGACGUGUAUCUGACAGGCCGAGCCCGCUCGCGCUGUCAAGGCGAUCGUCCCGAGACGCAGGCCUUCCUCCUGCUUACGGUUCUCCAAAUCAACGUGGAUCCUUCUCACGUUCUGCGCCGGUGUCCCCGUCUUCUUCGCCUCGCCUCACGCCUCGAUUUCACGGUCAUACACGGGAUGAUGACGAGGAGAGUUCAAUCUACGAUGUUUCUGGGAGUGGGACCUUGUCCAGAUCGCCAUCUUAUGGUCAAGCUCGUUUCCCUUCUGACCCGUACCUCACCCCAGCGCUCAGCUCCAAUGGAUUCACAGCCGAGCCAUCAUCCUACUUCUUACCUUUACCAGACGAAUCCAGCGGCAGACCCAACGGCGUAGGAUUAGGUCUCUCCCCUUCCCUUUAUCCCCUAUCUCCAGCGUUCAGUCACACACCAACUGAAAGGAGAUCGAUCAAACGAUCGUCCUCCGCCAACUUUUCAAUCUAUCCUUCGUCCAAAGCCCCCAUUAGCCAAUUAUCAAGAUUGAUACCGUCUGCGUUCGACAUUUCCGCGGCAGCAAAGGCCAAAGAAAAGUCAGUCUUGGGAUACAUGGUUGACAGUCUACCCCUUGGAUCAGGGUUCAGUCCUCGCCGUGGGGACAAGCUAGGAGCGGUCAAGGGCUUUGUCAAAGUCGCUAUCAAGUCUCGGACAGGUUUGAUCGGUAAAAGCUUGAACGAGGUCUUGGCCGUUGCUUGGCCUACGGCGUUGGUUUGGCUGAUUGUCAAUGUCUUAUUCUUUUUGGGGUAGAUCGGGACCGUAGACGAUCAUAUGGGUAGAUAGAUCAAAAGGACAUUAGAGCUCACAUGACAUGUCUUUACAUGAUCAUAAUGCAAUGCAUUUUUGCGCGGACGUUUGUCGAGAGUUUCAGAAACGAGACUGAUGGAGUGUCAGUCAUAGAGAUCAGGCCCGUCUCUGGUCAGUUUAGAGCCAGCGUGAGUUGCGCUCUAACGUACAUACAUGCCAGAUACGCCGCAAUCCAUCCCGCGAGCUCAAUAAGCGCAGGACCAAGGUGAUCGCUAUCCUCUCUUGAACUGCCCUCCUUGCUGUA